AGAAAAAAAAAAGAAAAAAUAGAGAUCGACUGCAGCGAAGUCUUUCCGCUGAUGGAUGGUUCCUUUUAAUUUUAAUUAAUCAACUUUUAGAAUCCAAUCGAUUUCAGCGACGGUGUAAUUUAAUUUCAUUCUUGUGGAAUAUUAUACCUACCUGUUUCAGUAUGGGGUCGUUUCUGGGAUCCUUGAACGCCAGAGACGUUGAUCUUCACAUGAAUGAUAACAUGACUUUUGACCAACAAGCUGGGUUUAAUUAUGAACGAAAACCUCGAGAGAUGAUUGCCAAGGAGGAAGAUCUGGUAUCAGCAAGAAUCCUUCCGAAGUACAGAGAUUAUUGUGCUCAUUAUUUGAUGGAGUAUCAUCAGUGCCGUUACAAGAACAUGCCCCUGCUUUACAAGUGUGCCCAUGAAAAACAUCAUUAUUUGAACUGCGAACAACAAGAUUACGUUUUGAGAAUGAAAGAGUUUGAACGUGAGCGUCGCCUGAGACUACGUGAACAACGCCUGGUCGGAGCUGCUUGAAUUCUGUAAAGGAGUACAAUAAUUAUUUAUAUCAGAAUGUAAAUAGAAUAAAUUUUUUUCUCUUAA